AAAGAUGACGUCACUUCGUCCAGUUCUUGAACAUUUCCCGCGCCGGUGACAGUUGCUAUAGAUUUUGUGCGCCGGAUAUAUACCGGAGGAGAAGAUGUCACGUACUUUGCAGUAUGUAAGCAAUCGGCUUUCAAUAAUUCCAUUAGUCGAGGAGGAUCUUGAGAGAAAUACCCAAUUUAGCAAACUUUUGUUGGAAGUGUCUCAGAUGCUUGACCCAAGUGGUGCAAGUGUUAGCCUAAACAAGGAGCUGGAAGAGACACAGAGGGAGCUGCGGCUGCAGAGGAAAGUCUGGUUCAGGUCAGAGAUCAUUCACCGGCUGAUACAAGAGAUGCUAUUAGAUUUUCAGGUCCGGAAGCAAGAUGGGUCUCUAAAUGAGGAAGAAAAUAAGUUCUACGAUAGUCUGCAACAAUGUAUGCUGGUCUCAGAAUGCUCUCGAUUGCUGACGUCAAACACAGUGUCUCUGUCUGAUUCUAUGUCUCUUCUUGGACUGGAAAAGCAAGAUUUGCUUGAUCAUCUGCCUUCAAACGUGCACAUUCUGUGGAUGAGAGAUAGGCUACACAAACAUCUUGAAGAGUCUUUGAGAAAGAAAUGUUUCACGUUUCUUACCUUUCACCAGCCUGAGGCAGAUGAGGAAAGUGAUGUCCUUCGUGCAGCAAAAGCGUUACGCUUGGCCAGCACAUUGGAGGAUGAGAAGAGACGUUUACAGAAUGAGAGAGAGAAGUAUAUGGAGACCGGAGCCUUGCUAGAAAGACAGCAAGAAACGUAUCCUCAUGUGUUAUUGCGCUGCCUUCUUCUCCUGCGACAAGCUGCCUCAGAGCUUCGUCUUCAAGCUCAAUCUGAAGUCGAUCGCACAAAUGCUGAGUACCUUGAGGCAAAAAGUAAUGCCUUGUUCCUGAAGCUCCGGAUGGAGGAGUUGCAGGUGCUCACAGACACAUACACUCCUGAGAAAAUUGAUAUUCAUAGGAAAAUCAGGGCCAGUCUGGAAACUGCUGUGAAGACAGAGAAACAUGAGUUAUCUGUGUCCCGACAGAUUCUCUCCUCCUACGAGUUCCUGGGUACAGAAUUUGACGAGCUGGUGCAAGAGUACACUCAGCUGAGAGAUAAGAUUAAAGAUAAUCGUUGGAUGCUCCAUGAGCUCAGCAAGACGCUUCCUUGAAUACACGAAAUGUCAAUGUUUCAUCCUCUAAAAACAAAAAAUGCACCAUAAACAGUCACUUUUGGAUUGUAAACAAUAACAACUGCAGGUGAUAAGGAUGCUGCUCUUAACACUAUAGCUGGUGGAGCUGUUACUUCCAUGAAUCAUGAACAUGGCGGUUAUAAAAAUCACGGGUGCUGGCUGCCCUGAAGUAUAAUAAACUGUAUAAUAAACUGUGGCUACUCUACGCUGUAUAUAUCCCACCACAAUACCUUUCCCAGUUUCAUGCAUUCACUUUACCAAUAUUUGUAUAAUAAAAACUAUUUGUUAGCAUACUAAAAA